CCCGUCAUCUCCCCACCGAUGCCGUCAGUGAUCUUUCAAACUUGUUUUUCCUGCUCGCGUCCUCUCUUUUCGGGCCACGCAAACCAGUUAAAAGCCCGCUCACUCGCCCAUAGCCCCACACAUCCGUGUCGCCAUCGCAGCACACCGCACGAUAGGACCCUAACGCUCGCCUGGCCUCGCGUCCAAAUGAAGAUCAUCUGCCUCCUGGCGGCGCGGCGCGCCGCGUCGAUCAUCAUCGAGUCGUCGGUUUCCGAGCGCCGGCACGACGAGGCGGGCUUCUUCGACCUCGACUUCUCCUCCAGCUCCAGCAGCCUCUCAUUCUCCGACUCCGACGACGAGUGUACGGUGCUCGACUUCAUCAUGUCCCUGCAGCGGAGCAGCUCCACUUCGCCCCACUUACCCAUCGUGCCGCAAAAGUUCUGCCCGUCGGAGCCUCCGGCUAGAGCCGACAACUUACCGUCUCAGCAGCACGGCGACCGUAAGCGCGGCAUCGGCACCAUGCGCACGCUCAGCUUCGAUGCCCGGAAGGCAGUACCGCGUUACGAUGGCGGGAGCCACAGCUUCGCCCGGAGUUCUAGCCGCCGCCGUAGUUUCGCCCGGAGCACCUAUGCAAGCGCGCAAUCGCUCCGGCUGUUCUUAAACGCGCCGCCCCAUGCGACAGAAGACGGCGAGCACCACGCCGCGGAGCAGACCUGCAGGCGCGCGCCGUCCUGCAACGUCAUCCGGAGGUGUCUGGCAAAAUUCUCGCGCCGGCUCCGCACGGCCGCGAGUCCACGGGUCGCCGAGGCGAGAGGGCUCCGUCGCAUGCGCAAAUGCCGGUCGGCCUUGUCCGCGACGCCUAGGCCAAGCUCGCUGGCACGGCGUGACGACUCGGCCGUCGAGAAGCAGGACAGCAUCGCCGACGCCAUCGCGCACUGCAAGGAGUCGCUCCACCGAGCUUCCACGUCCGACUGCGAGUCACCCAUGCUUCGGUCAAGGGGUGACCUGGGGAAAGGCGAAGCUGAGUAGCUCGCCGGAGCUUAUCAUGGCUAGUUGGCUACCAUCCCCAUCCUGGCGGCCUCUGGUCGCCGAAAUGGAGGUCCGAACUGGAAGCUUCCCAUAAAGGUAAAGGAUAAAGAAGAGGGCGGAUUUCAGCAAGGUGUCAAGGACAUGCGGCGGUUAAGCUCCGGAGAUCUUCCAAUAGUGUUUGUGAAUGUGUGUCGUGUGUGUUUCACCUUUCACGUCCUUGAGUUUUAGUUUGAGGACUUUUGGUUAGUUAGAAGGGUGGUGAAAAGGGCCCUCUUUUUAGGCUUUGUUUACCCCUAAUCAGUCAAUCACAUUCCCUCAUGUCACGUGGAAGAGCGUGGAUUAAUGUAGCUGCGUCUUUUGGUGUUCUUUUGCUCCUCA